ACACGAUUGUGUCCCUACGUGAUACGAAAAAGAAUAAAAAGAAUCCAUAAGACGAAAUCAUACUUUUACGUUGGCCUUGCUCCUUCUCAACCUUGAAAUUGAGAGUUGAAAUUUGUGUGUAUCGUUUGCGGUGAGACCGUAGCCAUUGCAUUGUGCAAGCUUCCGCAUCACAGACCUUCAUGAUAAAACAGCAUGGAUUCGACAAACCAAGGAUAUGUGGGAGUGUGUGCUAGACGACCUCCAGUGACGAGGAAUGAAAAGCAAUUAGAAGAACUGAGAGCUUCUCAAUUUGCUGGAUUUCCUGAAAACCCCCGCCAAUCUCGCAUUAGUCAGCGCCUAUCAGGGACAGGGGAAGAUAACCCCUCCAGCCCCUCCACCGUUACCAAGUCCUUGGAAACGGUAACCGACACUAGGGACGGGCCGAGGAAGCUGGAAACUCAAACUAAUUCUCAGUUGGAAGUGACUUGGGUUACUCCUGUCUUCGUUUUACACCUACGACUCUGGCAAAAAAGCAAAAAUCCUUCAAGAUUUGAAAUAGUGUCCGUUCAAAUCAUUCAAAACGCGCCUAAAAACGAUCAUCCGGCGGACCAAGCUGAAGUUGAUGGGACUGGGGACAAUAGGACUCGCGCUUGUUCCAGCAGCAACUCUCAAAACUUAGGAUCUUCAUCUUCAGCCGCCAACAAGAGACAGGGGAACUUUAAACGACAGCGCAACAAGAAGAACCGUGGGGACCCUCCGGAGCGACGAGGCGGGAGGCGUUCGUCCGCUUCGAGACAUAUAGACGAGUCUCAGCAGUAUUUCGCAUGUCCAUUUUAUUAUUCCGACAAAGUAGAGCACUGGCAUUGUCAUCGUUUCGCAUUUAAACGUAUCGGUGACGUUCGACAACAUAUCAAAAGGACUCAUAUUGUGCCGAUUCAUUGCCCAGUAUGCGGAGAAAAUUUUGACAAUAACGAUCUCAAGGAUGUCCACGUCGAUGCCCGUGUUUGUCAACAACAUGAAUUCCCCCAUUCAUGGGCCACAAUUGAGCAACUAGAUAGCAUGGAUCGCGCAGCCAAUGAAUUGAACCCUUCUAGCGACAGGGAGCGAUGGUUCACCAUAUGGGAUAUCAUGUUUCCAGACACGCAACAGCCUGCAUCCCCAUAUAUUUGUGACACUUACUGGGGAUUUCAAGCUUCUGUCACUCAAGAUGCCGUCAAUGAGUAUCGACGUCAAGAGAGAUACCAGCAAGUCACAGGACAACAAACAUACUUGGGAGACAAUGUCCUUAACGACUUUCUCUCUUUCCUCAACGAAAACUCUCUUGGAUUAACACCGACCGCACCACAUCCUCCCCAUCCUUCCAAUCAUCCAACUACACUUUCCUUGGGCCCACUAGAGCCAUUCCCCCUGUUGACCAUGCCUUCAAUUCUUUCUCAGACUUCUCAAAUAGACAUACCCAACUUUUCCCAAAACCAACCAUUGGAUUUCACACCAUCUUUUCUAACGAACUCAUAUCAAACACCAUACAUUACAUUUAACGACGGCUUGGACGAGAACGACAAUGAGUUCGAAAACAUCAUUAACUCUAUGCUGCAGCCGGGCGGGCAUGACAAUUCGCAACUAUAGUAUCAGAUUCGUGGGACUAAGUAAACAUGGAUGAAAAUAGGGGGUGCAUUAGCAGUUAAGUAUCACCUACGAGUGUGACAGCACGGUAGCGCCGUGCUUAUGGGUCAUUUCUAGGGCCCUUGCGCAAUCCCUAAGUAGGGGCCGCUUUUAACUGCUCUUUUGUAUUAGGACGGUUCCUGGCAUUUCACAAAUACACAGCUCAACUCUGGUAGAACCGAGUCCAUGUUAUUUCGAAUGAGAUAGUCAAUCGUGGAGGUUAGGAACGGGCGAUGGUGUCUUAAUCCACAUACAAAACCUAACUUCACGCCUAUAAAAUUGUGACAUUCGAUGUAUUAGGCGCGACUUUAUUAAUAGUCACAUGUGCUAAAAUUCCUAAAGCAUCCUGCGAUCGCGCGCUUCGCUCUUUCAUUUACAUAGGCACGUAUCUUAAUUGUUGAAUGCCUUUUUGGUCAUCUUUAUAGUAGGAAUUUAAUAGAUCAAGACAUAAUAGAUCGCAAUUAUGCGUCUACCUACUUAGGUACCUACUCAUACCUCCAGCAAGUUCAAAGGCUUUAGAAUAGCUAUCAGGUCUCAUUAGUGGCUCAGGAGAGAAGUGUAUUCAGAAAAGCAUAAGACAGAAGUCAUCUAUCCUGUUGCACUUAACAAAGAUGACAGGCGGAAUGGGAAAUAGCUAGGCUUAAAAUAACUGACCGCUGA